CGCUAUAAUCCUUGUAGCAGAGAAAGGAGCUGCAUGAGAAUAAUGGUGAAUAGAGCUCUGAAUCAUUCCAGCUGGCUGCGUCUCAAAUAGCGCUGUGUAGAGAAUGGGAUUGGGCUCCCUUGUUCUGACACCAGAGCAGCAGCAUUUUAAGGAGUUUCUCGCAGAAAUUGUUCCAGAACGAGCGGCUUCUUCGCGUCUCCUUCCCCCCGGCGGCAGUCACAUUUCGGCUGAAGGUAACACUGAGGUGAUCACACUGGGCCUUGGCUGAUGAAGUCAUCUCUCUCAGAUUGUUGAAAAAUUACAAUCGACAGGUGAGCUCUCCCUCUGUUGUUUGCCUGAAGCAGGCACCGUUCUCCCUAGCUCCAGAAAGAAAUAUUCUCAAUGCCCUGCAAUGGUUACAUGAAGACGCCAUGAACCUCACAGAACCUCACGUUACGCUUACCUUGGGACAGUGAUCAGUCCGAAUCGUAAAAGAGCAAAAAUAAGAGAAUCACUAUUGAACAGGCAGCGUACUGGUCCAAUAUGAAUCUCGCCAUCAAGCUACGCAGGAAUUUGCGAAGACUGGUUAUCUUGUUAGCCACCUUCUGUAUGGUUAGCAUCCUGGUGUCAGCCUACUACCUGUAUACAGGCUCAAACCAGGAGCUGGAGCUGUCUGACAGGGCUGCCGAAAUGGACUGCGGGGAUCUCAAACUCCUGCCUUACAGACUGGCUGAGAUGAAGACCGCCAAGCCCAUCGACACAUCCAGGAAGGAGCCCGUGGUGCUGGUGUUCGUGGAGAGCCAGUACUCGCAACUUGGCCAGGACAUCAUAGCCAUCCUGGAGUCAAAUCAAUUUCAGUACCACUCUGAAAUAGCACCCGGGAAAGGGGACAUCCCGCCCCUCACCCACAAAGGCAGGGGGCGCUACGCGCUCAUCAUGUAUGAGAAUAUGAUGAAGUACAUCAACAUGGACUCCUGGAACAGGGACCUCCUGGAUAAGUACUGCGUGGAGUACAGCGUGGGGAUCAUUGGCUUCCACAAGGCCAAUGAGAACUCUCUGCCCGUUGUGAAGCUGAAGGGCUUCCCUUUGUACCUGCAUACCAACCUCGGCCUUAAGGAUUGCUGUGUUAAUCCGCGCUCUCCUCUGCUCUACGUCACCAAAGCGGAAGCCGACAGGGGGCCGUUGCCGGGCGACGACUGGACCGUGUUUCAUUCCAACCACUCCACAUACGAGCCGGUGCUGAUGGCCAAGACCAGGCAGGCGGCGGACGGCAACGUCCCGUCGGCUUUUUCCAGCCAGUCUCUGCACAUCACUGUCAUUCAGGACCUGGGCCUUCAUGAUGGAAUCCAGAGGGUCCUAUUUGGGCACAACCUCAACUACUGGCUGCACCGGCUCAUCUUAGUGGAUGCCAUCUCCUACCUGUCUGGGAAAAAGCUGUCCCUCUCGCUGGAGAGGUACAUCCUGGUGGACAUCGAUGACAUCUUUGUGGGGAAAGAGGGGACCAGGAUGAACGUCAACGAUGUUAAGGCUCUACUGGACACACAGAAUCUACUCCGAUCUCAAAUCACAAAUUUCACAUUCAACCUUGGAUUUUCUGGAAAGUUCUACCACACCGGCACUGAGGAGGAGGAUGCAGGAGACGACCUCCUGCUGAAAUACGUAGACGAGUUCUGGUGGUUCCCGCACAUGUGGAGCCACAUGCAGCCUCACCUCUUCCACAACGAGUCCUCCCUGUUGGAGCAGAUGAUUCUCAACAAAGAGUUUGCCCUGGAGCACGGUAUCCCGACAGACAUGGGCUACGCGGUGGCCCCCCAUCACUCGGGCGUGUACCCUGUUCACAUACAGCUGUACGAGGCUUGGAAGAGAGCUUGGGGCAUCCGCGUGACCAGCACCGAGGAAUACCCACACCUCAAACCAGCGCGCUACAGGAAGGGCUUCAUACACAAUAACAUUAUGGUACUGCCCCGUCAAACCUGCGGCUUAUUUACACACACCAUAUUCUACAAGGAGUAUCCUGGCGGCCCCAAGGAGCUAGACAAGAGCAUAAAGGGUGGAGAACUCUUCCUGACUGUUUUGCUGAAUCCGAUAAGCAUCUUCAUGACCCAUUUAUCCAACUACGGGAACGACCGGCUGGGCCUUUACACGUUUGUGAACCUGGCAAACUUUGUUCGGUGCUGGACCAACCUAAACCUGCACACCCUGCCUCCACUCCAGCUGGCCCACAAGUAUUUCCAGCUGUUCCCCGAGCAGAGGCAUCCGCUUUGGCAGAACCCUUGUGAUGACAAGAGACACAAGGACAUUUGGUCGAAGGAGAAGACCUGUGACCGUCUCCCCAAGUUCAUGGUGAUUGGUCCACAGAAGACUGGGACCACAGCCUUGUAUCUCUUCCUCAUAAUGCAUCCCUCCAUAUCAAGCAACUUCCCCAGUUUGAAGACUUUUGAGGAAGUCCAAUUCUUCAACACUAACAACUACCAUAAAGGCAUUGACUGGUACAUGGAGUUCUUUCCUGUUCCCUCAAAUGUAACCACAGACUUCCUGUUUGAAAAGAGUGCAAAUUACUUUCCCUCCGAGGACUCGCCCAAGCGCGCGGCGGCCUUGCUGCCGAAAGCGAAGAUCAUCACCCUGCUGAUCAACCCGUCAGACCGGGCUUACUCCUGGUACCAGCACCAGCGAGCCCAUGAAGACCCAGCUGCCCUGAGGUACAGCUUCUAUGAGGUGAUCUCCGCAGGCCACCACGCCCCAGCCGAGCUGCGGUCCCUGCAGAACCGCUGUCUGAUACCGGGCCUGUACGCUGUCCACAUCGAGAGGUGGCUCAGCUACUUUCCCCCAAGUCAGCUCCUGAUCAUAGACGGACAGCAGCUGAGGACCGACCCCGCGGCCGUCAUGGACGAGGUCCAGAAGUUUCUGGGAGUCUCUCCAUACUAUAAUUAUUCUCAGGCCUUAACGUUUGACCCUCAGAAGGGAUUCUGGUGUCAGCUGCUGGAAGGCGGGAGAACCAAAUGCCUGGGGAAGAGCAAAGGGAGGAAGUACCCGUCCAUGGACGCUGAGUCCAGGGCCUUCCUGUCGCGGUACUACAGGGACCAUAACAUCGAGCUGUCCAAACUCCUGCACCGGCUGGGACAGCCACUGCCUUCCUGGGUGAGGGAGGAGCUGCAAAAAGUCAGAUAGCAGCGAGGAGACGCCCGGAGAACGAGAAAGAGAGAGAGGGAGAGGACUCCGACACAAUC